GUAGACAGUGGAGUGUGACGCCACGGAUAUGGCGGCCGGGAUCGGCCAGCCCUGGGACGUGUCGGGCUCUCGGGCAACUUCGGUCAGUGUUGAGCGAGAGAAGCAACUGUUUCAGUAGUGUUUGUACGCACGACUCAGAGCAGCCAGCCCUUAGGUAGAGCGAGCGUCGUGGCCAUGGCUUACCACUCGGGAUACGGAGCCCACGGUUCCAAGCACAGGACCCGGGCAGCUCCAGAUUCUCCUCCUCUCUUUGAUGAUACAAGUGGUGGCUAUUCCAGCCAACCAGGCGGAUACCCAGCCCCAGGAGCUGAUGUAGCCUUCAGUGUCAACCACCUGCUUGGAGACCCAGUGGCUAAUAUGGCUAUGGCCUAUGGCAGCUCCAUAGCAUCCCAAGGGAAGGACAUAGUGCACAAAGAGCUGCACCGCUUUGUCUCUGUGAAUAAACUCAAGUAUUUUUUUGCUGUGGACACAGCCUAUGUAGCCAAGAAGCUAGGACUUUUGGUCUUUCCCUACACACAUCAGGACUGGAAAAUGCAAUACAGUCAUGAUGUGCCUCUACCCCCACGGAACGACCUCAAUGCUCCUGACCUCUAUAUCCCCACCAUGGCCUUCAUCACAUAUGUGCUGCUGGCUGGGACGGCACUGGGCAUUCAGAAAAGGUUCUCCCCAGAGGUGUUGGGCCUGUGUGCGAGCACAGCACUGGUGUGGAUGGUAAUGGAGGUGCUGGCCCUGCUUCUGGGCCUCUACCUGGCCACCGUACGCAGUGAGCUGAGUACCUUCCACCUCUUGGCCUACAGCGGUUACAAAUAUGUGGGGAUGAUCCUCAGUGUGAUCACAGGGCUGCUCUUCGGCAGUGAUGGCUACUACGUGGCGCUGGCCUGGACAUCAUCCGCGCUUAUGUACUUCAUUGUGCGUUCUUUGCGGACUGCAGCCUUGGGCCCUGACAGCAUGGGGGGCCCAGCCCCUCGGCAGCGUCUCCAGCUCUACCUGACCCUGGGAGCAGCUGCCUUCCAGCCCCUCAUCAUAUACUGGCUGACCUUCCACCUGGUCCGGUGAUACCUGGUCCCAGGUGGCACUGAUUUUUCCAUACAUUGAAGAUUUGGUUUCCUUGA